AGCAAGCGGUGUGACCGGGGCUCACAUUCGGAGAGCGACCGAGGAGCGGAGACCUUCCACGGUGCGCUCCUUGUGUGUACGUUAUAUAUGGUCUUCCUUCUUUGUUGACAAGUCUGGAAGAUAUGUUUCUUCGGAGUGACAAGUGAAAGUCGGCGCUUAUAGCAGGAACACUUUCAUAUUACUUGAGUUUCAGCUGAGCCACAGACUACCGAAUUAUCUUGGAUUAUCCUAAAUUAUUCUGUUGGACUGGUGCUGUUCGAGGCGUUGCUGUCUAAACACAGGUCUUAUCCCUAAAGUUUGGACCGGUGUUACGCCACUCUUCUCCCUGUUUUUUUUUUAAGGUAUGCCUGUGGUCGUCAGUGUGUCUCCGGACACGUAAUCAGGUGUGCUCCUGCUGUCAUGGCCUCCACAACCACACGGCUCCUUCCUUCCACAGUGAUCGUUGUUCUGGCAAUACUGGUCUCAUCCGAGGAUCAUAAGUGGCACUUUGACCCAACUCAGUGUCGGUACGCCCUGGGGAUGGAGGAUGGCACUAUCCCAGACUCUGACAUCACUGCCUCCAGCGCCUGGUCAGACUCCACAGAGGCCAAACAUGGAAGGCUGAGCACUGGAGAAGGGGAUGGAGCGUGGUGUCCAGCAGCACCGGUCUUCCCCAGCGAGUCGGAAUAUCUUCAGAUUGACCUGCGCAAACUCCACUUCGUGGCUCUGGUUGGGACCCAAGGUCGGCAUGCCGACGGGCAUGGCCAGGAGUUUGUCCGCAGCUAUCGACUCCGUUACUCCAGAGAUGGAAAGAAAUGGAUCACCUGGACGGACCGCUGGGGACAAGAGGUGGUGUCUGGUAAUGAGAACACCUAUGAUAUUGUGCUGAAAGACCUCGGCCCCCCAAUUGUUGCCCGUAUGGUCAGGUUUUACCCCCUGGCCGACCGGGUAAUGAGUGUUUGCCUUCGGGUGGAGCUCUACGGUUGUGUGUGGAAUGAUGGAUUGAACGCUUAUACGGCUCCGGUGGGCCAUGUCAUGAACUUGUCCAGUAUACCGGUCUAUCUAAACGACUCCACCUAUGAUGGGAGCACAGAACAAGGGAUGCAGUUCGGAGGCCUCGGUCAGCUUUGUGACGGUGUCCUGGGAGGAGAUGACUUUAUAGAAACUAAGGAGCUGCGGGUGUGGCCGGGGUACGAUUACCUUGGAUGGAGUCGGGAAGCCCUGGGGCAAGGCAGCGUGGACAUAGAGUUCCAUUUUGAGAAACCCAGAUUGUUCAACAAUAUGCAGGUGCACAGUAACAACCGGCACACGCAGGGCGUGCGAGUCUUCAGCAAAGUAGAAUGUCUUUUCAAGCCUGGCCUCCUCCAGCCCUGGUCCUCUCCUGCACUCACCCUGCCUGUUCCCCUUGAAGAUCUGAAGGACCCCUCUUCACGACCCAUAUCCCUCCCACUUGGCGGCCGGCUGGCUCAGAUCCUGUGCUGCAAAUUCUACUUUGCAGACCGCUGGUUGCUCAUCAGCGAGAUAUCCUUCCUCUCUGAGCCAUUUGAAGAGGAUGGGACAGAGGUUGAUUCAUCUCUUCACAAUCCUCCGAAGUUUCCAGACCCCAGUCCGUCUCCUCCGGUGAACGCCACCUCCUCCGUUCCCACAUCGAAUCACAGCUCCUUCAACAGCACCUCCGAGCCUUCUGAACCCCCCACCGCCACCACCAUCAUGAUGGACACUACUGGUAACUGGACACUGUCAGGGCGUGAAUUUGCUGCCGUUACUCCAAGGGCAGGACUUCCUGUAGCUAAAGAUGAUGGCAGUAAUACAGCUAUUCUGAUUGGCUGCCUGGUGGGGAUCAUCCUGCUGCUGCUGGCUGUUAUCGUUGUCAUUCUUUGGAGGCAGUACUGGAAAAAGAUUCUGGGCAAGGCCCAAGGCAGUCUGUCCAACUCUGAGCUCCGAGUCCAUCUGUCAGUCCCCUCCGACAACGUGGUCAUCAACAACACACACAGCUACUCUAGCCGCUACCAGCGCAUCCACACUUUUCCUGAUGACCGGGACCAUGACAGAGACGGCGAGGGGGAGUACCAGGAGCCCAGCGCGCUGCUCCGGCCCAGAGACCAGAGGGACAGCACGACCCUGCUGUUAAACAAUCCGGCCUAUCACCUGCUCCUACCAGAUCACAGAAAAGGCUCCAGAGCCGUAGUCGUCCCGAGAUCCACUCAGGCUCAAGAAAAGAGCCUCAAUGUGCCCCAGGCUUGUGGUUUGGACUUGGACCUGGAGAAAGGUUUCCCCCAAGCACAUGAAGAGCCUCCUCCCUAUCCUGGGUCACCUCCUUAUCCAUCUUUGUCUCCACCCGUCUCCCCCCCACUGCCUCCCAGCGUCCCACAUUAUGCAGAAGCAGACAUCGUGAGUCUGCAGGGGGUCAGCGGCAACAACACCUACGCAGUACCUGCCCUGGCCUCCUCCAGUCCUAGUGCCGACGCCUUGCCGCUGCCAGAGCUGCCGCGCCAGUGUCUCAUUUUCAAGGAGAAGCUGGGGGAGGGACAGUUCGGAGAGGUGCACCUGUGUGAAAUUGAGAACCCUCUGGACCUCCCUAUCCUGGAGUUCCCCUUUAAUGUGAGGAAAGGUCGCCCUCUUCUGGUUGCAGUGAAGAUACUGCGCCCAGACGCCUCCAAAAAUGCCAGGAACGACUUCCUGAAAGAGGUAAAGAUCUUGUCUCGCCUGAAGGACCCAAACAUCAUCCGGCUGCUGGGAGUGUGUGUGAGCAGCGAUCCCCUCUGCAUGGUCACAGAGUACAUGGAGUGUGGAGACCUGAACCAGUAUCUGUCCCAGCGUGUCCUGCUGGAUAAAACUGGACCUUCACAUAACAUGCCGACCAUCAGUUAUCCAGCUCUCAUCUCCAUGGCCAGUCAGAUUGCAUCUGGAAUGAAGUUCCUGUCCUCCCUGAACUUUGUGCACCGGGAUCUGGCCACUCGCAACUGCCUGGUCGGUGGUGAGAAGGGUGAGAACGGAGAGGAUCGAGGCGGGGAGCGUCACAUCAAGAUAGCCGACUUUGGUAUGAGCAGAAACUUGUACGCCGGAGACUACUACAGGAUCCAGGGAAGAGCUGUGCUGCCAAUACGAUGGAUGGCCUGGGAGUGCAUCCUCAUGGGUAAGUUCACGACAGCCAGCGAUGUGUGGGCAUUCGGGGUCACUCUGUGGGAGAUGCUGAGCGUUUGUCAGGAGCAGCCGUACUCCAACCUCACAGAUGAACAAGUCAUAGACAACGCAGGGGAGUUCUUCAGAGACCAGGGCAAACAGGUGUAUCUGAGCAGGCCGGCAGUGUGUCCUCAGGGUCUCUAUGAGCUCAUGCUGAGCUGCUGGAACAGAGACUGCAAGCUCCGGCCAUCUUUCGCCUACAUCCACUCCUUUCUUACCGAGGACGCCAUGAACAUGGUUUGACGGAAGAACGGCAGGAAGAAAGUCGACUUGAGUGCUCUUGCUAGGGCAGUGAAGUGGGAUGCUAUGGUGGAGGGUGCUUUCACAGGGAAAGUGGGUUGCUCGCUUAUGCGUUUUGUACUUUUUGGGUGGAUGGGGCUGAGACACCGCUGGUUCGGUUUAGAUUCCACCUCAGACCCCCAAAGACAUCGUUUGUUAGGUAACAACUACAUUUCGUAGUGUCUGGUGGUGGGUUCAGUUUUCUUUUGUUUCAGCUUCUUUACAAUUAAGGAGAGAUUGUGUCACUGCUGAUUUGGUACUGUAGAGAUAAUGAUGCAGGAAACACAAUCACAAAAAAUACAGUCUGAAACAUCCAGCUUAUUCAACAUUUUAAAUGUUAUCGUGGGCUUACAGGUGAAAAUGCUCUGUGUGCAUAUCAUGAAGAAAUGAACACACAGGGAUUACCUUAGUAUUUAUAGCCCAUAGCAUCCCCUGUAACUCAGUGAGUUUACUUCCAGCUACAUCACAUUUGGUCUACUUCUUACUACGUCUCUUCAUUUGAUCUCAGCCCCACGUUCUUGCCCAGUGACCCACAUCGAAAUAAAAAAAAUGGCAUGGACCAGACAGCAGCAACCUCCGCUUCUACAAUGUGAAUACGUCAAAUCUGCCAUUAGGCACCUAUCUCCCAUCUUUAAACAUAAAAACAAAGAGCCGUCUGACCUCCAACUUGAGAGAAACAGGUCUGCCCCCGAUGCCUAACAGACUUCUCAGCCAAGAGAAAAAACUGCACAGAAGAUGAGCGUCUGCAGCUGCAAAAAACAAAUUUGUUGGAUUUUUUUCAGCAGAGAGACGAUGCUCUGGGACUCCUUUCAGGCACCUUAUCAGGUGUUUUUUCUUCUUACUAUUGUUCCUUUAUUUGACUGUGACUCCGUCAAAAAGGAUCAAUUUAAAAUUCCACAAAUCAGCAGCACUUUACCCUACAUGCAUUUCCCCGUCUGUGAUGAAUCUCUUCUGUGUAACUGGUCUGAAUGAUGUCUCCCGAUUCUACUCCCAAAUGUUCACAAAAACCUCCUGACAUCUCAAACACUCACCAGAUAAAAUACCUGUUUUUUGUGACGUUAAAAAUAAUAUGAUAAAUGGCAUCCUGUACCCCUUCCAAUGAAAAACAAAGGAAUGUGUUAAUGGUAGAAAAACUAAAACAAAAAGCUGCAAUAACCAGGUUACAUAACUGUGCACACCCUAGAAUACUUUAAGGCACCUUUUGAUUCAGUUUCUGGAUUCAGUCUUCUGUGGUAGGCAUCUAUCAGCAUCCUACAUCUUGAUUUGGUAAUAUUUGCCCUGGCCCUUUGGGAAGGCUUCUCCAAUUCUGUCAGAUUGUGAGAACAUCUCUUGUCCUCAGCCCUCUUGAAGUGCCCCCAUAGAUGUUCUGACAGAUUUAGUUCUGUGUUUUGACUAGGCCAGACCAAAACUUGAAUCUUCUCUUAAGGAAGUCAUUCUUUUCUUGAUUUAGGUAUAUGCUUGGACUCACUGUGAUGCAUUAAUCUUCAGCUUUCUAGCAGACACAAGAUAUUAAGGUCAAAGCUGACAUUAAUUUAAAAGUUUUUCAAAUACCUUCACUUUAAAAGAGUGGUUAUCCCACAGCAUGAUGCUGCCAUUACCAUGUUUCAGUGGGGGUGUGGUAUUCAUUUGGUAGUUUUCAGUACUGUUUAUGCCGGACGCGCCUUUUGAAAUUGUGGCCCCAAUUUUUUUGCUUCGUUUCAACACAUUCUUCCUCAAGGUUUUAUCAUUUUUAGCCAGACCUGAAUAUUGACUUUUGGAAAAAAUGCUUCUGUCUUGCAACCCUACUCCUUAGUUCAGAUAUAUGGAGAAUAACACGGAUCGGUAUCACAUACAAGACUAGAAAAGCAUUUUGCUUUUGCUUUGAGCGGAGCGCAGACCUCCGUCCAAGGCAAUAGCAUGUCAGCUUUUUUCUAUACUGAUGAGCUCUAGUCUGGGUAACUUAUGCCUAUGAGCUGCUGAGAGACUGAGGAACCAUGGCCUGGCGGUAAUGAAGAACCUUGGAUCCAGAUGGUGCUCCGCAUCACCACCGAAAUCUAAUCAUCUGUUCCUUGUCCUAAUACCCACCUUGUCUAAUAAUUUCAUCUAAAUCCUUUCAUAACGUUUUUAGAUAUUUUAUAAACAGAUGGACAGACAAACCAACGCAGACAAAAACAUAACCUCCUUGGCAGAGAACUUCCUGCGGCUUCUUCUGUGUGCUUAGCCUCCCUGACCACUUCCACUCUUUUCUUCUCAUUGAUUUUGAACAAACAUGCAGUAUUAAUAACAGUGGAAAUAUAGGAUGAUUAAACCUAAUUUAAACAGGUUCACUAUAAUUGGAGGCAAGUAGACUGAACGCUGAUGUUAAAUCAAAAGGUGCUUCGAUAAAACAUUGCAGCUUUUUACUGUUUGCAUAUUUCCCCCUAACAUUUGUUUUCUAAUUGAACUGUGCAGAAUAUAUAUGUAACAAUACCUUUGGCAAAGGUCAGCAAUGGAUUUAUCAUGGUCUAACUUUUUACGACACAAAAACCUGGCAUAUUAGCAGGUGGUGUGAAAACUUUUGAGACCUACUGUAAUCUGUAGACCCUCCUCUACACAGCUUUGCCAAACCAUUAGAUGUAAAAUAUUGUUUUAAACCCUGGAAUGGCAUUCUGGACUCAUGUAACCUUUCAGAGCGCUGAGGUGUUACUGAUCAUAUAAUUCUUUUAUAUCACUGUAAGUUUAUGGCAAUAUUCAAACGGGGAAUUGUGGGAUUCCUGAUUUUUGGUGUGAAAGUUGACCUCUGCAUUGUUCCUUGUUAAAGCUGACCGUGGUAGAACCAGUGCUUCUACCGUAUUGUCUGUACAGCACUGUAAAUCACUUCCUGAUUGUAAAGCAAUACAUGUUUAGAUUUUCUAUA